AUGAAGGUCUUCAAGGAUGUUUUCACUGGCGACGAGCUCUGCUCGGACUCGUACAAUCAGGAGGCUCCCAUGGAGGACGCCUCUCUGAUGGAUGUUGCCUUCGAGGUCAAGACCAAGCGCGUCGUGAAGGGUGCGGAGGACUACGGUAUCGCUGACAACAGCGAGGAAGACGGUGGCGGCGUGGACAGCGCGACUGAGACCGUCAUCGACGUCGUCGACGCCUUCCGUCUUCAGGAGACUCCAUUCUCGAAGAAGGAGUUCGGUACCUACAUCAAGGGCUACAUGCAGCGCGUGAAGGCGCACCUCGAGGCGAAGCAGCCGGAUCGCGUCGACAAGUUCAUGAGCGGCGGCCAGGCCCUCGUGAAGAAGAUCCUCGGUCAGUUCGACGACUUCCAGUUCUUCCUCGGCGAGAGCGCGGACUGCGAGGCAGGCGUCGUCUUCGCCUACUACAAGGACGGCGAGGAGGCUCCCCGCCUCAUCUACAUCCGCGACGGUCUCAAGGAGGAGAAGUACUAA